AUGGCUCCUGGUCUCGUGGAUUCAAGUGCUUUCCCACAGCCUACACCAAAGCCAGUCAAGCUUUCUGUCUUCCCAGAUGGAUUCAAGACAUCUGGUCAGCACCCUCCUCUCUACUCACAAGUUCGCCCUUAUUCCGACUUUCCCAAAGUCCACACAGGACCCACAGUGUGGAAGGCUGAGGACUAUCGCAACAACCCCGAGCUGUGGACGCAUACUUUCACAGGUGAAGAGAUCGAAGAGAUCAGCAAUGCCACCGAAGACUUCAUCAAGAGUGGAACUCCUUUGACUGGUAUUUCAAAGGCAAACUUCCAUCUCCCGAAGCUAGCCAACCGAAUGGAAGAGCUUCGAAGAGAUCUAAUUGAUGGCAAAGGAUUCUUCCUUUUCCGGGGCCUUCCAGCCCAAGAAUGGGAUCUUCAAAAAUGCGCAACAGCAUACAUGGGCCUAGGCACAUACCUUGGGUACUUCGUCAGCCAAAACGGACGAGGUCAUGUCCUGGGCCACGUCAAAGAUCUCGGCGAAGACCCCACCAAAACCGACAGAGUGCGCAUCUACCGGACAAACGCCAGGCAAUACUUCCACACAGACGGCGCAGACUUCGUCGGCCUCCUCUGCGUAGCAAAAUCAAUGUCCGGCGGCGAAUCCGACAUUGCAUCAACCCACCACGUCUUCAACACCCUCCAAGAACGCUACCCAGAUGUGGCACAAACAAUGUGCGAACCAAACUGGUACUUCGACCGCAAAGGCGAAGUCUCAGAAGGCGAAGAACAAUGGAUCCGCGGUAGUAUCUUCUACCUAGAAAACGACCGUGCCGGAAAUCCCCGCAUCUACGCCAAAUUCGACCCUAUGAACGUGACCUCACUGGCGCGAUUCAACACCGGCCCUGAUGCACGUAUUCCCCCGCUAUCUGAUAAACAGAAGUACGCACUGGAGGUGUUCGAGAAAGUCUGUAAGGAGCUUGCUCUGCAUAUGAUUCUUGCGCCGGGUGACAUUCAGUUCUUGAGUAAUGCGCAGGUCUUUCAUGCCCGUACUGCAUAUACGGAUCAUACUCCUGGCGCUGUUGAUGAGCAGGGGCGUCCUGCUAGACGGCGUCAUUUGAUGAGGCUUUGGUUGGCGGCGCCUGAGUCUGAGGGUGGGUGGAAGUUGCCGUAUCAUGAUACGUUGGAGAAGAAGCGCGGUGGAAUCCAGGUUAAUGAUACGCCGCCUGUUUGUCCUUUGGAUGCGGAGUGA